UGGCAACCUGCGAUCCCAUCUGUCACACAUUUUGUCAUUGGUCAGGACAUCAAUUCAUGUUACUCACUUAAUUGUACGCAAGGUCGUUCGCUAAGCUGCCCCCUAACACCAGGAGACAUGGGGUCGGGAGAGAGUACUAACAGAAAAGUGUCUUUUGGUGUCGAUGAUGAGGACCGAGUCAGGAUUCUUCGUGGAGUCAAGCUGUCUGAAGAUGUUCUCCAGAGAAUGAGAGGAGUGGCAAACAUUGCUCCAGAACGCACAUCAUUGCCAGCCUCAAGCCCCCAGAAAGACACAGGUGCCCCACGGAGUAACACCUCCGGCUCCCCACCCCAGCAGGGCCCCCAGCCCCAGGCCCAACCCGGGGCCAAGUCGGGCACUAGCAAACCGGCCUCCUAUGCUAAGGAAGAACAGACAAAGUAUGAACGCCAGCAGAACAUCCUGAAGGAGGAAUGGGCCAAAGUGGCACAAAGAGAGAGGGAGGCGGCUAGGAAGGAGAUGACUAACGCCAUGACCCGGGAAAGACAACAAAAACGGCAGGAAGCCGAGAACGCCAAACGACUGUCUGCAGAUGACAUAGGUGUGAUGGCUGAGGAGCUACAGAAGAAAGAUUUACGGCUGAAAGCAUUGGAAGCCUUCUACAAGGAGCAGCUGGCACAGCUGGAGAAGAGGAAUUUGGAGCGAUACGAACAGAGCAAGGACGAAUUCCACCGAGCAGCCUCAAAGACGGAAGCAAGCGUGAGGUCUCGGCGUACCGACCCGGUGUGCCUGGGCCUGCAGGCUCAGAUCUUAUCCUGCUACAGGGACAACAGGGACCAGACUCUCAGGUGUUCUGACCUGGCCAAAGAAUACAUGCAGUGUAUCAACGCCGCGAAGAAGAACCUGCUGGUCAACCACGGAUGAAGAGUGGAGGGAGAAGGGCAGGACAGUUGUCUGACGUAGGCUAUUACUUUGGCACUAAGGGCGGCACUUGCCACCUUCCUGUUUUGAAUUACGAGGGCGAGGAUUUGCUUUUAGCAUGGCUUGUUUUUAAAAGAACUCAUUAUGGUAUUUAUCUGCGGUAUCGUCCGGUAAUGGAUGCGCUGUUGUUCUGCACUGCUACAUUUGACAGGGAAGCUUUUGAAGGAGAAAUGUGUAUACUCAUUAGAUAUGUGGUGCGCUUUCAUUUUACUCAUUCAGGAGUAAGUAUUGAUUGAGUUUUUUUUUUUUUUUUUUUAAGCUUCAUGGUUUUUGUAUUUUCUGAACAAGACAGAAGUAAAAGCUCAGGUAAUCCUGGCCAUGGCUUAAAUGCAUCAGACCUGUAAUGUAUGAUUUUAUUAAAUCGUUCAUAUCCUG